AUGCGUAGACUUCUGUUCCUGCUGGUUCUUGUCUUCUCAGGCGAUUUAGCUCUCGGAUUUAGCUGUGAUGGAGGCUGCAGUGGACAUGGCGCAUGUCAGCGCUCGACAGGUCGCUGCUCGUGUUUCCCAGGGUAUGGUGGGGCUACGUGUGUCUCGAAGCUCUGUCCGACGGGAGCUGCUUGGGUCGAUCGAGCGUGGACAACCGACAAUGCCCACCAACCUGUCGAAUGCUCUGCUAUGGGUCGUUGUGAUCGACCGACUGGUAUUUGCGCAUGUGAGUCCGGCUUUGAAGGCGUAGCAUGCGAACGGUUGUCUUGUCCCAAUGCGUGCUCCGGAAAUGGCCGUUGUAUCAGUAUGCGGGACGCAGCAACUCUUCAAGACGAUCGGAACUUCUUGGUGAGCACAACUUACUCUUUGUGGGACGCUGACAAGAUCAUGGGCUGUCAGUGUGACCCUGGCUUCUCUGGCUUCGAUUGUUCCCAACGCGAAUGCCCCAAAGGUGACAACCCCUUAACGACGGGACAAGAUUACGCUAUCCAAGAGAUUACUUGCACUUGCAAUAGUUGCACCGGUAACUUCGCUCUUAAGUUUCGAGGUCAAGUGACUGCAAAUCUCGCAUCGACCGCCACAUCAAGCGACUUAAAGACCGCGUUGGAAGCUCUUGACAAUAUUUACGGCGUUAGUAUCACUCCUGGCACGCCAUUGUGUUCGACCGGCGGAACUAUCACGUCGAUUAUAUUCACCCAUAACCCAGGAGAUUUGCCCAAGUUGCAAGUGGUAAAUAACCUCUCGAAUGGUGCCACAGUAACUGUAAUUACCAGUCAAACUGGCACACGAGAGAACGUUUAUUGCUCGAAUCGUGGCGGCUGCGACUUGGCCAAUGGAGUGUGCAAAUGUGUUGCAGGGUUUACUAGUGGCGAUGGAGCAAUGCCUCCUGCAGCAGGCCGAAGAGCAGACUGUGGCUACCAAUCAGGAGCGGCAAUUUGUCCCUCUACUAACCUCGGUGCGUGUGAUAGUAAGGGAACUUGUUCCGCAGCGACAUCAUACGAGUGUAUCUGUUAUACCGGGUAUACGGGGCAUGAUUGCUCGAUACGGGAAUGUCCGAAAGGGGCUGCUUGGUUCGACGGCGCCACAGCUCCAGAUACUGCGCAUGCAAUGGCGAAAUGUUCCGGAAGAGGCUCGUGCAACACGAUAACAGGAGUCUGUUCGUGUCUCGCACCGUUCACCGGUGCAGCGUGCGACUUGAUCCGUUGUCCCACUGGAACUUCGUUGGUUGUUGGCGCUAUUUGCAGUGGUCGAGGCACAUGUAAAAGUAUACAGCAAUUAUCAUCUGAGGCAACAGAUCCAGAGGGAAAUUUACUGGGAGUCACUUAUGGAGCGACGCCAAAUACUCUGGCAACGUGGGAUGCCACGAAGAUUCAGGGCUGCGACUGCGAGACGAACGAUUACUUUGGUCCCUAUGAGAACGCCUUUGGAGACCUCACUGGAGCUCAUGACUGCUCUGCUCGGAUGUGUCCAAGAGGGGCAGAUCCGUUUGAAGUAGGGAAAGUUAAUGAGAAACAGACCGUAACUUGCACAGCUGACGCGGGGGAGUUCACCCUGACAUUUCGAGGAGAGACGACGCCAGUGAUCCCGUUUAAUGCUGGAGCUGCACAAGUCCAAUCCACUCUUCAGACGCUCGAGAGCGUGCGUACUGCUACUGUAACAUUUAACUCGGGCGCGGUCGUGUGCUCUGCCGCUGGCGUCAUUACGACUGUCGAGUUUACGUUCAUGCAAGGGGAUUUGUCACCGCUGAGUUAUGAUAUUACAGCCCUCACGCUUGCAGGGAACCCAGCUACAAUGACAGUCACGGAGCUGGUGAAGGGCACUAAGGCGAAUAUCGAGUGCUCGGCUCGUGGUAUCUGCGACCGAGGCACAGGCGUGUGUGAUUGCUACUCGUACUUCCUGAGCUCUGACGGCGCUGGUGGACUUGGUCGUCGAGGAGACUGUGGCUACAUUUCACCAUAUCCCAGCGUCGCACUAUCGUAA